GGGGCACGGGGUGGGGGCGGGGCCAGACGCGCGGAGGGAGCGGCUGAGGGGGAAAUGAAGCAGACGAGGAGCUUCACCAGAAGGAUGACCCUGGAUUCCUCUUGAGGAGUUCAUUCUCCUUUAUUCUCAGUGUUCAGAGUUGGAAGUCAGCACUGAAAUGUGGUGGUUUCAGCAAGGCCUCUCUUUCUUGCCCGUGGCUUUGGUUGUUUGGUCAGCAGCAACAUUUGUGUUUUCAUACAUCACUGCAAUUGUCCUCCGCCACGUUGACCCUCUGGUGCCCUACAUAAGUGAUACAGGGACAAUACCUCCUGAGAGAUGCUUAUUUGGGAUCAUGUUAAACGUUUCAUCUUUCCUGGGCAUGGCCACCAUGUAUGUCCGUUACAAACAAGUCUAUGCUUUGAAUCCAGACAAAUCCAGGAUCGUUAAGCUUAAUAAGAUUGGCCUUACUCUGGGACUGAUGAGCUGCUUUGGACUUUGCAUCAUUGCAAAUUUCCAGAAAUGUAUUCUGUACUACGUCCAUGUGGUCGGAGCCUGCCUGACGUUUGGAGUGGGGGCCAUUUACAUGCUGGUUCAGACCAUCCUCUCCUACUUGAUGCAGCCAGAGGUUCACAGCAAAGACAUCUUUUGGAUCCGACUGACGGUGCUUCUCUGGUGUGGCUCCAGCAUUGCAAGCAUGUUUGUUUCCUCGGUUGUCUUAUACAGUGGCCUGUAUGGAACAGAUCUUGUACAAAAGUUGCACUGGAACCCCCAGGAAAAAGGCUACACGGCUCACAUCGUCAGUACUGCCUCCGAGUGGUCAUUAGCAUUCUCCUUCCUCAGCUUUUUCCUCACCUAUAUUCGUGAUUUUCAGAAAAUUUCCCUGCGUGCAGUUGUCAGCUUGCAAGGACAAACCCUUUAUAACACACCACAGAGCUUUGCGGCUGAUGAGCAGAGGCUGCUGAUAGCAGGGAGUAUCUAAUGAAGGCAAAGAGAACAAGUUCUCUGCACAACUCAGGAAUGCAACAGCAAUAACAGUUCAUACUUUUAAGUAUUUAUUUUAUAUAUUAAAGAAAAAUGAAGUGAUUGUAUUCUACUUGACACAAAGGGCUUUGCAAUUAACCCACACAGCAAUGCAAUGUUAUCAGUAUUGAACACAAGCCUGUAACAUUUCUAAACAUGCUAAUGUCAUGGAAGAAUUAAAUGAAGGUUAUUAAAAGA